AUGAAGCAGUACCUCUAUAUCUUAAACGAAGGUACCAGUAAGGAGGUCGCAGACUACUUCCAAGGUGCCAAGUUUGAGCGAUUACAGAUAUUCUGCGCACUUGCUGCAUACUACACAGCAGAGGGCCGCACGCAGCGGGACAGGAAUGCCCGCGCCGAUCACUUUGCAAAGGCUGCCCAGCUCCUGGGGACGGCUCGCCAGAUUGAUUACGAUGACCAGCUUCCAUUCUUGGGCCUUGGGCAGCUGGAAAUGGCUCGAGGCGACAUGCAGUCGGCAAAGGUCCAUUUUACAAGCGCAGCGGCGGCUCAGUGCAACGGCCGGGUAAACAUAGCCGGCACGCUGGCGCUGGCGAACGUGCACUUCCAGCAGGGCCAGUACAGCCCGGCGCUUGGUCUGUACCGCAGGGCCCUCAAGGAACACCCGGGGGCACCGCCUGAGGUGCGGCUGGGGCUGGCUGCGUGCCUGUUCAGGCUGGGCCAGUGUAAGCUGGCCAAGGCCGCCUACGAGCGCACGCUGGACCUGCUGCCCAGCUGCGGCGAGGCGCUCCUCGGCCUCGCCGUCAUCGCCUUUAAUUCCAGGGACACCGAGAAGGGGUUUCGGGAGGGGUUGGAUCUGCUGUGCCGCGCGUACGAUGCGGACCCGGGGCAGCCGGGGGUGCUGUCACUGCUGGCGCGCUUCUGCAUCCAGCGCGGCGACUGGCAGCGCGCCCGGGAGCUGGCAACGGCCGCGCAUGCGGCGUCCGAGUCCGCGGGCGCUCGUGCUCUCGCGCUCACGCUGCAGGCCAGGGCGCACCAUGCAGAGGGCAACUACAACCUCGCGUACCGCUCCUACCAGCAGGCGUCAAAGCUCGACCCGAAGCUGCCGCUGCCCCUGUACGGUCUGGCGCAAAUCAUGGUGCGGCAGCGCGAGCAGACCAAUGCGAUCAGCCUGCUGGAGAGCGCUCUGGCGCUGGGCCAGGCCGCCAUAGACCACUUCCGGGACGCUACCGAGGCCAACUCAACCUCCGGCUCCGUGUGGGAGAUGCUCGGCGAACUGCUGGCACCCAUCGACCCACCUGGUCCGCCCUUGCCUCUCAGGCUAGAUCCGCUGCCAGCCAAGCUGCUGAACAACGCUGCCGUGCUGCAUAUGCGCGGCGGGGAAGCGACUGCAGCCCUGGACCUCAUGCAGAAGGCACUGCAGGCAAGCACCCACUCACUCCCUCCUCCUGCCGCGGGCGACACGCAGGCUGCUGCGCGCAGCUACCGCGCCAUGCUGGACGCGUUCCCUGCCUACACCGACUGCCACCUGCGCCUGGCCUGCAUCGCCAAGCACCGGGGGGACCUCGCUGGCGCGCUGAAGUUGACGCAGAAGGCCCUGGAAGCCAAGCCCGGCCUGCCCGACGCCCUGGCCAUGCAAGGUUGGUUGCACUUGGAAGCCAGAGAUUUCAAGAGGGCUGAGGAUGCGUUCCAGGCGCUGAUCAAGGAGCCAUCCGCCAAGAACGACGCCUAUGGCUGGCUGGGCCUCGCCUGCCUCAACUUUGCCUCAGCUCCCUCGCAUCGGAGACUCAAGGUGAUUGACAAGGCACAGAAGCUGUAUGGGAGAGCGAUGAGCUUCUUCAAGCACGUGCUUGAAAGGAACCAUGCAAACGUGUAUGCCGCCAAUGGUAUUGCUGCCGUUCUAGCAGAGCAGGGCGACAUUGAGCUGGCCCACAACAUCCUCACACAGGUGCAAGAGGCAGUAGCUGCUUCCGAGGGAUUCCUGCGGAUGCCGGACGCGCCCAUUAACAUGGGCAACCUCUUCCUGGCACUGGGCAAGCCUAAGCUGGCCAUACAGGUGUACAAUUCUGUGUUACGAAAGUACUUCCAUGGCAGCCACGCGACGCUGCAGCUGUAUCUGGCUCGCGCGUACUAUGAUGCCACCGAGCUGAAAAUCGCACGGACGGUGCUGUUGAAGGCGGUGCAUGUGGCCCCCAGCGACCACCGCCUGCUCUUCAACAUCGCUCUCACCAUGCAGAACUACGCAGUGUGCCUCCUGAAGGAGACUCGCGUGGAGGGGGACCUCAGCAAGCUGGACGAGUUUGAUGCUGCAGUAAUGGACCUGCUGCAGGCGCACCGCUUCUUCGAGCAGCUGAACAACCUGGGCCACCACAAGACGGGCAUCGACCCCAAGAAGCUCCGCGAGCACAUCGACUUUUGCGUCCAGACCCACGGCAAGGCGGUGGCCUACCAGCAACAGGUGCCAGUCCCCACCGCUCCUGCCGUACCGACUGCACCCUGA